AUGUUCAUAUCAACGAAGCGCGCCGUCGCGCUGACUUGCGGGACCUUCGUCUUUGUUCUUUUGACGGGCUACCAGUCGAUAAAGUACAAUUUCAUCCCUAACCGUCUACAACAUGUCUUGAAGAACGGCACAUUCGAGACGCCAGGUUCGCUUGCAGAACUCAAACCCUUCUGGACCACUGAGCAACUAGAACCCCGAUUUGCCUAUGUUCAAUAUGCGACGGACAUCAACUACUUGUGCAAUGCAGUGAUCAACUUCAAUCGCCUGCACCGCUUCGGCGCGAAACACGACCAGGUCCUGAUCUUUCCCAAAACUUGGGCCGAAGGAGACUCGAAAGAGGCCAAAGCUAUCAGAACUAUCCAAAAGGCUCUACCAGAUCUCGUCCUACGGCCCUUUGGUCUUUUCACCACACAUAAAGGGGAGGCAACAUGGUCCAAGAGUCUGACCAAGUUCCACGCCUUCGACCUUACAGAUUACACCCGAGUGUUGGCCUUCGAUUCCGACUCGCAGAUCUUGAACAACAUGGAUCACUACUUCCUAGCCCCGAUGGCAGCCGUUGCGGUCCCGCGCGCAUACUGGCUGAACGAGAAGGAUACGCCCGUCGUUAAGCAAGUCCUUGGCUCCCAUGUCAUGCUCAUCGAGCCCAACAAGUCGCGGUACGACAAGAUUGUGCGCGAGGCGCUCAAAUCUGGGGACUUUGACAUGGAGGUCAUGAAUCACAUGUUCAAGGACUCGGCCAUGAUUCUCCCGCAUCGUCGACUUGCACUUUUGACCGGCGAAUUUCGGGCCAAGGAGCACCAGAAAUACCUCGCACCCGACGAGGACGAGGAGUGGAACGCCAUGGCCGAAGUAUCAAGAGCGUAUCUGGUUCACUUCAGCGAUUGGCCACUGCCAAAGCCAUGGCUUUCACGUUCGGAUGCUCAAUGGAAAGCUGCCUUGCCGGAGUGCCCCGAAAACGAAGAGGACAAGCCUGAUCGACCCAGAUGCGCCGACCGGGUGAUGUGGGAGGGCUUUUAUGAAGAAUACGAAAGCGACAAGAAGAGAUACUGCAAAUCUUGGUUAUGA